AUGGCCAUCGCUCCCUCCCCCAGCCCGACCUACCUGCCCAUUUCCGCCCUCCUUCCGCCCAGUCGCGAACCGCACAGCGCACCCCAUCGCCCUCUUCCUUCCCCAUCAGCAGCCAUCCUCGGCCCCCUCCCGCCGACCACGCCCCUAAGCCUCGCUCUGAACUGGCUCGCACUUUCGGAUCUACCAGAGUACGAGAGCACUGUCCGGCUCGACAAUGAUGCGGGUCCAUCCAGACAUCAGGCAGGGCCGGUCGGAGUAGCAGCGACCGAAGGUGGAAAGUCGGAGAGAAGGAAACGGCGCCCGGAAAGGGUGUUGAUCGUUACUGGGCGGAAGGAUGAGUUCUACCAGGUGCUGCAGGACGAUGAUGAGGACUGGAUGAGGGAUCAUGGAUCGGACUAUACGGUAUUGGACAGGCUGAAACGCGUGGAUAUACGAUACUGCCCCUCACCUGCACAUCUCACCCUCCUCCUGUCCCUCCUCACACCCCGAGACCACACUUCAGCCGCACCAGCACCCGCAGAAAGCACAUUUAUGCUGGAAAGUCCGCCUGGACUGGUGGUGUUUUGGGAUCUAGCGGGGUUGUUGAUGGAGUGGGAAGGGAUGGAUGAGAACGCCUUACCCGACGAUGGAAUGGAUGGGCUCUUUGGCGGUAUGCAGGCAAUGGAGCCGAAGCUGCGCUUCAAGAAAAGUGUCAAGCUGUCCGACUACCUCGAUUUGAUCUCUGCGAGCAGAGCCACCGUCGAUCACAUAUCGAGCAGCGAUCCAUCGAGACCGCCAACCCAGCUCAUCGUGCUUGAGCCAAACCUGGACGCGCACAGCUCGCUCCCCGUCUUGCUUCCCUCUUCGACCGCGACCGGCGUCAACGAAAGCGCCAUGUCCUCCCAGGUCCGACAAAAGCGGAUCAAGAUCCUGGACGGGUUGCGCUGGAUAUUGGGGGAAGAAGCGAUAGGCGUUGUCUCUCCGUUCGAUACAAUCGCCGAAGACAUUCAUGCCCCACAGUUCCAGCUGGACUUCGCGGCCGACCCGGAGACGACGUGCUACAUCAAGCAGAGGCGGUGUGGGCGGGGCGAAUGGGCUCGACCGGCUUUGCGAGAGGGAGAUACCGACGGGGACCGAGGUGGAUGGCGCUGGGAGUGGGCGUAG